GGAUAUAACCAUUGUUUUUGAAAAGACAGCUGAGUUUGGAAGAAAUAUACUUGCCGGUCAAAUAAUGAAAAAUGUUUAAUAGUUAAUAAUACAAAUACUUACGAUAUGCAGCAGCUGGGCAAUAAACUAACUCGUUAUGAAAAAAUCGCAUUUCUUGGCGAAGGUCAAUUUGCCACCGUAUACAAGGCGCGGGAUGUCCUCACCGAGCAAAUUGUCGCAGUUAAAAAAAUUAAAAUCGGAAGCCGGGAAGAGGCGCAGGAUGGGAUAAACCGUACUGCCCUGCGAGAAAUCAAGUUGCUUCAUGAGCUGCAGCAUGAAAACGUUAUUGGUUUAGUUGACGUGUUUGGCCAUAAAUCCAAUGUGUCGUUAGUAUUUGAUUUUAUGGAUACUGAUCUGGAGAUUAUAAUUAAAGAUCCAAAAAUAAUACUCACGCAAGCAAAUAUCAAGGCAUAUAUGAUCAUGACAUUACGUGGUUUGGAAUAUCUACAUAUGAACUGGAUACUGCACCGUGAUUUAAAACCCAACAAUUUGUUAGUCAAUACAGAAGGUGUAUUAAAGAUUGGUGAUUUUGGCUUGGCCAAAUUUUUCGGUUCACCUAAUCGCAUCUACACACAUCAAGUGGUAACUAGGUGGUAUAGGGCACCGGAGUUGCUGUUUGGUGCGCGUCAAUACAGUACAGGUAUAGACAUAUGGGCUGUUGGCUGUAUAUUAGCGGAACUUUUAUUGCGCGUACCUUUUCUACCCGGCGAUUCUGAUCUUGAUCAACUCACAAAGAUUUUUCAAGCGCUCGGCACACCAACUGAAGAAACUUGGCCGAAUCUGAAUAAAUUACCUGACUAUAUGCAAUUUAAACAAUUUCCAGCCAUUCCUUUGCAACACAUCUUUACAGCUGCCCCUGAUGACCUAAUUGUUUUGGCGGAAAAGCUUUUAGCCUUAAAUCCGGCACAACGUUGCACAUGCACGGAAGCAUUAUGCAUGAAAUAUUUUUCCAAUAAACCAGCGCCAUCGGUGGGCCACAAACUACCUAUGCCCACAACUAAUACACAGGCUGUCGAGGAAAGACCCAGUCUAAAGCGCAAACUCAUUGAUGCUAUGGAGGGUGGCACAUUGCCCAAAAAACUUUUUUAAGCGUUACAGAAUUAAUUUUUUUUUAUAUAUGCUGUUCAUACUAUCUUAUUAUUUUUCAAUUUAUCAGUAACUUACGCUUGAAUAAUGUAAAACAGAAUAAAGAAAACACAAUUAAAUAUAUGUAAAAA